AUGCAGCACACCCUUCAGCCUCCGCAAGCCCCCUUGCAGCAUCUUCUUGCUACGGGUCCUGUCUCCAUGCCGACCACUCCGCCGCCCGGUGAUCGUGAAGACGUCAUUCGUGACGCCUGCAAGGCUCACGACAUACCAAAAGCCGUCAUGAUGCUUGCGAACCUGUCGGAUGAGGAGGGUCUGCAGAUCCUGCCGAACGUCGUGGAUGAUCUCAAUCGAGCCUUGCAGGAAGUGUCACAAAGCGACGGCGAGGAGGGAAGAUUGAGAUCCAUUCCGGCCGAGCAGUUGGCGGAGCUCGCCUACCAAAUGGGAAGAAUCCCUGUUCCGCCGGGCCAGCAGCCAGUUGUUGCAAAGAUUCUGCAGGUGGUUGCGGACAAAGCCAAGUACAGGACUGAAGAGCUGCCACCACGCUGCCUUUCCCGCAUGGUCUGGGGCUUUGCAGGGGCUUCUGCCCGCAAUGACUCCCUCAUGUCGGUUGUGGCUGCAGCAGUCGUGAACAAGAUCAGAGGCUUCAACCAUGAAGAGCUUUCCAACACUGCAUGGGCUUUUGCGAAGUGCGGGCUGUGGAACGCGCAGCUCGCGCAGUGCCUCGCGCGAGAGUGCAUGGAAAAGAUCGACACCUUCACGACGCAAAGCUUGGCGAACAUGACCUGGGCCAUGGCCCAGUGGGGCACCCGAGAGGAGGCGCUUUUACGGGCCAUUGCCCAAGCCUUGCACCGGCAGCGCGAGAGCUUCGAGCCUGCCCAGAUGUCCAUGGUCUCCUGGGCAUUCUCGACCCUGAGCUUUAAGUACGAUCCGCUGAUGAAUGCGAUCAUGACCGAGUCGAUCAGCCAAAUUGGCACCUUCACCAACCCUGAGCUGGCGCAUCUUGCCUGGGCCUAUGCCAACCUGAGGAUCCAGGACCGGGGCCUCUACUCGGCCAUCUCUCACCAAGUGCAGAGGAACUCUGCGCGAAUGGAGCCGGCCGAGAUCGCCAACAUCGCUUGGGCCUUCGCGAAGAACAUGAUGGGAACAGACACAGUGAUGAGGUUCAUCGCUGAGCAGGCAGAGCCACAGAUUGGCAGCUUUAAGGCCGCGGAGAUUACCAUGCUGACCUGGGCCUUUGCUGUCACUGGGCAGCAGCAUGUCGGCUUGAUGUCCGAGAUUGGCUCGAAGGUUGCCAAGCGAGCUGACAAGUUUUCUGCUUCGCAGUUGGCCCACGUGGCGUGGGCUUUUGGAGCACUUGCAAUGAGGCAAACAGACCUGUGUGACAAGGUGGCCAUGUGCUUCGAGCACAAUCGGAGCAACUUCUCUGCACAAGCCUUGACACAAAUUGUGUGGGGUUUCGCCAUGGUCCAGUACAGAGACAAAACAUUCAUGGACCUUGCCGCGCCACACAUCAUUCAGGGCAUUUCAGAGCUGAAGCCACUAGCACUUUGGCGAUGUUCUUGGGCGUACAACACAUUGCUGGUGAGCAACCUCGAUCUCACAAAGGCCAUCCUGGCCGCAGCGGCCACAAGGGUGAACGAGUUUUCCCUGAAGGGUUUGGCCAGGCUCGCGGAGACUUACAAGAUGGGCCACCGCACCGAGAGCGAUGCCGAUUUGGAGCUACACUUGAAGGAACGGCUCUCAAAGGCUGUGCAAGGAUUCAAUCGGCUUUUUCCGGCGUUCGAAUCCCUCAGCUCCAUCAAUGACGAAGCUCUCCCGCCACUGCAACACAUCGGUAUGGGUGACCUACGCGUGUUUGCGACCAAGUACAUCCUUGAGGAGCUUGGAUUUGCAACGCCAAACUGGAGCUUUGUGUCAAGAUGCCUGAAGGAGGUUCACAAUCGGCGGUUGGCAGACUGCGUGGGCUUCGAGAUUCAGGUCGAGAACGUGCUGCAGAAGCUGGAUGUGCACGAGUUCCGAGUGCGAGCUUUUGAUGAGGCAAUGAUGGAUGAUGAGAUCAUCGAGGUGGGGAAGACGCUUGUGCCGGACAUUUUUGGCCGGACCGUAGCAAGUGAGGCUGUCUUGCAUGUUGUGGCGGAGACAUGCGUCUGCAUCUACAGGAACUUGCUUGUGCAUCCGCAGUCUGACAGUGAUUGUCGGGCGGUGUGCGGAUAUUUCCGGAUGUUCUUGUCACAGAUCCCAUCGUUCAGCAGCAUUGCGCUGUUGGUUCAGAUGCGGACCAGAUUCCCCAAUGUUCAAUUCGAGUUUGUGGAGAUGCAGAUGACAGCUCCGAAGAGUGCUAUGAAGUGUCUAGGAAUGGAGAGCCAGUGA